AAAUAAUAAUAAUACAGUGUGGUGAUCAGAAGAUAAAGAGCAGGGAGGACUUGUAAGUAGUCAUCCAUGGCAGCAGCAAUGAGAAUACCAGUUCGACAGCUCUUUAUUGAUGGGGACUGGAGAGCUCCUGUUCUAAAUAAUCGCAUCUCUGUCAUCAAUCCCGCGACUGAGCAGAUCAUUGGGGAUAUACCGGCAGCUACUGCUGAAGAUGUGGAUAUUGCUGUCGAAGCUGCUCGAAAUGCCCUUGCUAGGAAUGGGGGCAAGGAUUGGGCUUCUGCAUCUGGGGCACAUCGUGCCAAGUAUUUGCGUGCUAUUGCUGCCAAAAUAACAGAGAGGAAAACGGAACUUGCAAAACUGGAGUGUUUAGAUAGUGGGAAACCACUUGACGAAGCAGCUUGGGAUAUUGAUGAUGUUGCCUCAUGUUUCGAGUACAACGCGGAUCUUGCAGAAGCUUUGGAUGGAAAACAGAAGUCCCCUAUAUCUCUCCCAAUGGAAACAUUUAAGAGUUAUACCCUAAAAGAGCCAAUUGGUGUUGUUGGUUUGAUUACUCCAUGGAAUUACCCUAUGCUGAUGGCUACAUGGAAGGUAGCUCCUGCCUUGGCGGCUGGCUGUGCUGCAAUACUUAAGCCCUCCGAAUUGGCGUCCUUAACGUGUCUGGAGUUAGGGGAAGUGUGUAAAGAUGUUGGGCUUCCUCCUGGCAUUCUUAACAUUGUUACUGGUUUAGGCUCAGAAGCUGGAGCUCCAUUGGCCUCUCAUCCUAAUGUCGACAAGAUUGCAUUCACCGGAAGUACUGCUACAGGAAGUAAGAUCAUGACUGCAGCUGCGCAACAAGUGAAGCCUGUGACACUUGAGCUUGGUGGCAAAAGUCCAAUAAUUGUAUUUGAGGAUGUUGAUUUAGAUCAAGCUGCUGAGUGGACAGCUUUUGGUUGUUUUUGGACCAACGGUCAGAUUUGCAGUGCAACCUCGCGGCUGUUGGUGCAUGAAAACAUUGCUGAAAAAUUUCUAGACAGGCUUGUGAAGUGGACUAAAAAUAUUAAGAUUUCGGACCCCUUAGAGGAAGGAUGUAGGCUUGGGCCUGUUGUUAGUGGUGGACAGUAUGAAAAGGUGAUGCAGUUUAUAUCAACAGCUAAGAAAGAAGGAGCAACUAUAUUGUCUGGUGGGGAACGGCCUAAGCACUUGGAAAAAGGUUACUUUAUUGAGCCAACAAUUAUAAGUGAUGUAACCACCUCCAUGCAAAUAUGGAGAGAAGAAGUCUUUGGACCUGUUCUCUGUGUAAAAACGUUUAAGAGUGAAGACGAGGCUAUUGAACUAGCAAAUGAUACUCGUUAUGGCUUGGGAGGUGCUGUAAUCUCCAAUGAUCUAGAAAGAUGUGAGCGUGUAACAAAGGCUCUACAAUGUGGAAUUGUCUGGGUUAACUGUUCCCAGCCUUGCUUCUGUCAAGCUCCCUGGGGUGGGAAAAAACGUAGUGGUUUUGGACGUGAAUUGGGAGAAUGGGGACUUGAUAACUACCUGAGCGUGAAACAGGUCACACAGUAUAUAUCUGAUGAACCAUGGGGAUGGUAUCAGUCACCAUCACCAUCAAAGCUCUGAAAUUUCCACAGGGGAAGGAUAAACCGUGGUACAUCACUGAUCACCAAUUGUUCAGUUGUUAGUGACAGUCCUUGCAUGGAAGAUGUGGAGAGCUAUCAUUAGUUCAACUUUUAAUUUUGUUGUGUAUUAUCUUAAACUAGUUGAAUUAUUCAGGAUAAUACGGUUAUGUCAUCAAUAAUAAACAUCAUUUCUGAUUA